AUGGACGCUGAUGCUCCACCUACCCCUCCGCCUUCUCAUGGACAUUCAUUCCCAACUGGAGUAACGGAUUCGCCCGCAACUCCUCUCAGCGUCAAUACAUCCGCAUCCUCUUCAGCGACAUCCUCAUUAACAGCAGGAGGCUUCUCUAUUUCGAUUUCGGAAUCAGAAUCUGGUGCAGGUGUUGCAGCAGCACCGGUUCCGUCAUCAGGAGAUUCAUCCUCGUUAUUGGAUCUCAACGUGGACGUAUAUGGAGGCAUGGAUCAGGUGUACCUCAAGGCAGCUGGCAUGCGCAGUGACUUCACCAUCACGUUUGGCGCUACAGUCAACUACCAACUUCACAAAUUCCCCCUCUAUUCCAAGACUGACUAUUUCUCCAAGCAUGCUGUGGAGGAGGAGAAGAGCAGCUCCAGGCGGAAUUCUGGAGACCCAGAGAGCUCCGCCAAUGGGAAGCGAGCUCGUCUUGACCUCUCCAACCUCCCAGGCGGAAUCGAGACAUUCAAACUCGUCGCAUGCUUCUGCUACAGCGUUCCCAUUACAAUCACCCCUGAUAACGUCACAGCUCUCUACUGUGCAGCGAUUUACCUGGAUAUGAGAGAUGACCCUCGAGCUGCCAUGUGCGGUGGUCCCUAUGACUGUAACCUGCUUACCCUAGCGUCUCGCCACCUCACCUCGUAUCUCUCUCACCCCCGGGCUGCUCUGACUGUUCUUCAAUCGUGUGAUGCCAGCUCAGCGAUCCGGGCGAGUGCUGAGUCAGCAGGGCUGCUGCUGACCACUGUGAACGCGGUCGCACGAUUGGUAGUGAAAGAAGCGGGGAAAGGUGACGACGCUUAUGACGGUCCUGAUGCUGCUGCUGUCAAAACAGAUAAGGCAGGCAGGGAAGAGAAGGACAAGGAUAAGGUUGCAGAUGGAGCUGCAAGUGAAGCGGAGGAAAAGACGGACUCGGCUGGCGCAGGACCGCUGUGGCUGUCACCCCAGUUGCUGCAUCUGUCCCUCCCCACGUUCGUCCAGCUGCAUGCUGCUCUAAGCUCCCUGGGCAUGAGUGCGCUGCAUCUCUUUGCUCUGCUUGAGGCCUACUGCAACACGUGGCUGCCAUUCCCUGUGGACGUCCCAUCCACGUCCACAUCACCUGCAGCCACGUCAGCAGACGCCCAGACUACUUCCACAUGGAAGCCAACCCUGGAAGCAGCAGUAGCGCUGCUCUUUGCACUCUCAGCUGGGCCCUCCGCAACAGGGCAGGCUGGAAAAGGGGCUGUGGGGCUGCCGUCCAUUCAGCUGCUGGUGCGACUGCUGCGCCUCUGCCCUGAGGUCGAUGCCAGCAAGUCUGCCAAGUCGCACCUGCAAACCACGCCUGAUACAAACGCUUCUGCUGCGGCAAUCACUCACCCAGCUGGCUCCUCUGCUGCAGCUGUGGAAGGCGCAGGCGCUGCCAGCCUCUCUCAGGCUGCAUCUAUUGUGGACAGUUACUUGAAGGCCAUCUCCACCUCUCCCAACAGCAGCAGCAUCAGCCCCGACUCUUUCAUAUCCCUUGCAACCGCACUGCCUCUCGCCUGCCGCCCCUUGCACGAUGCUCUCUAUGAGGCAGUGGCGGCUUACGUAGCAGCCAGGGGUUUUCUACCUUGUCCCAUCCCCCAUCCCUCAUCCCAUAACCCAUCUUAUCCCCCCUUCACCUCCUCAUCCCAUCCCCAUCCCGUCACCCAUCUCAUCAUCCCAUGCGCCAUCCCACCCCCCCUCCGCCCAUCUCGUCGUCCCUUCCUCCAUCCCAUGUGCCAUCCUCGUCGGUCAGAGCCAGUCGCAGAUGCUGCCUCAUCCACCUCCCUCUGGCCGCCCUCCUUCACUGUAGCAGUGCUGACAUGGCAGAAACAGCUGCUCGCAAACCAUGCACAGCAGCUGAUGUCACGAGGCAGGGCGCUGCAGCAGCAGAGGGAGCGGGCAGAGAGGGAGAGGGAGCAGCUGCAGAGAGAGGGGCAACAAAUGCAGGCAGAGGUGGAGGAGGAGGAGGGGAAGGCUGUUGCUGUGAGGGCGGAUAUCAGGCAGGAGACUCACGGGCUUACGCAGGCUUUGGUGCAGAAGCCAACAUCUUUCUUCAGAAAGCUCUUUCAGCGGUCUAGCCGUGCUAAUCAGUGCACGUUCUGUCCAUUCUGA